CCAAAGCACACGUAAUGACUUCCUUACGAAAGUUCGACAUGAGGAUCCUGUCGCCAGAACGCUGACGUCUACUUAAACAUAAGGGCGAGAGCCCCGGGCCGGAGCGGCGCAACGGCGAGUGCGAGCCGUCAGAGAUGCCGGCUUCGGACGCGCCGCCCGCGCCCACCGCGCCACCGCCCGACCCGCCUGCCACCACCAACAAUCAGUCCCAGAAAACCCGUUCACUAGUGGUGUCCCUGACUCCACCCCGAGAGCGCGAGACCUGGGCCAAGAAGGCGGAGUUCCUGCUGGCUGUGGUGGGGUUCGCAGUGGACCUCGGCAAUGUCUGGCGGUUUCCCUACAUCUGCUAUCAGAAUGGCGGCGGUGCGUUCCUCAUCCCUUACUGUGUGAUGCUGCUGUUCGGCGGGAUGCCGCUGUUCUUCAUGGAGCUGGCGCUGGGCCAGUACCAUCGCUGCGGCUGUCUCACGCUGUGGAAGAGGAUCUGUCCUGCGCUGAAGGGCGUCGGCUACGCGAUCUGCAUGAUCGAUAUUUACAUGGGCAUGUACUAUAACACGAUCAUCGGCUGGGCGGUGUACUACCUGGUGGCUUCCAUCUCCUCCAUCAAUUCCGUGCUGCCCUGGACCAGCUGCAACAACGAGUGGAACACUCCGCUCUGCACACCAGUUACAUCUCCUCAGAUCAAUCCUAAUGCUUCCACGCCUGCUAAGGAGUUCUUUGAACGUAACGUGUUGGAGCAACAUAAAUCUAAUGGGCUGGACUACAUGGGUCCUAUCAAGCCGUCACUGGCAGUCUGUGUGUUCGGGGUCUUUGUUCUCGUCUACUUCUCCCUGUGGAAGGGAGUCAGGAGUGCUGGCAAGGUGGUAUGGGUGACUGCACUGGCUCCGUAUGCUGUGCUGCUGAUUCUGCUGGCGCGAGGAGUGACGCUACCGGGAGCUACGGAGGGCAUCCGAUAUUAUCUCACCCCGGAGUGGCAUAAGCUACAGAACUCGAAGGUGUGGAUAGAUGCAGCCUCUCAAAUUUUCUUCUCGCUGGGUCCCGGGUUCGGCACUCUACUGGCGCUGUCCAGCUACAAUAAGUUUAAUAACAACUGCUACCGGGAUGCUCUCAUCACGUCAUCUAUCAACUGCCUCACCAGUUUCCUCGCUGGCUUCGUCAUAUUCUCUGUUUUGGGAUAUAUGGCGCACGUCCAAAAUAAGAGCAUCGAGGAGGUAGGUCUGGAAGGUCCGGGGCUGGUGUUCAUCGUGUACCCUGAAGCCAUCGCCACCAUGACCGGCUCCGUCUUCUGGGCCAUCAUAUUUUUCCUGAUGCUUAUCACACUUGGAUUGGAUAGCACCUUUGGAGGUCUGGAAGCUGUAACUACGGCUCUGUGUGACGAAUACCCUCGUGUGUUGGGCCGACACCGAGAAGCAUUCGUAGCUGUACUUCUGCUGUUCAUCUAUAUCUGUGCCCUGCCAACUACCACCUAUGGAGGAGUGUAUCUGGUGGAUCUCCUGAACGUGUACGGUCCAGGACUAGCGAUUUUAUUCGUGGUGUUCGCGGAGGCAGCUGGCGUCUGCUGGGUGUACGGAGUGGACCGGUUCUCCGAAGACGUGAGGACAAUGUUGGGCCACACGCCUGGGUGGUUCUGGAGGGCUUGCUGGUCUUAUAUCAGCCCAGUGUUUCUGCUGGUGCUGUUCAUCGUCUCAGUGCUGGCCCACGAGGAGAUGCUGGGCGGGGAGUAUGCGUACCCUCCCUGGUCCAUCACCGUCGGCUGGGUGAUGACCGGCACCACCGUCUCCUGCAUCCCUCUCUACAUUCUAUACAAGUUUAUCAUCACGCCCGGCGGAUUCCUCCACCGCAUCAAGACCAUAAAGCGACCCGAAGUGGUGUCGAUACCGCCAUCAGACCCCACUCUCUGCAGCCUGUGACCUAACCACACCUACAGCUCAGCACCUUCUCGCACCAAGCCUGCGAUAGAAUGGCUCGUCUAGAUCUUACCUAGAUUACCCUAGCCUACAUAACAUGUAUGUCUGCAAAAUUGAUUAAACUGAAAAUAAAACAACAGACACCAGCAAGGCAACUUGUCAUUAAAUUUUCAACUUACUUGUUUUGAUAUUGUAGUUGGAAAUCCAAUAAAAAAAUUGACAGAUUGGUGUAGCUUGACCUGCUGGCGUCUGUACUUACUACAUUUGAUAAUGUUGCAGUGCUUUUCGAUUUCGCAGACAUUUUUUCAUUAAAAAAAACUCCGGUAUGUUAUAAUAUAUUAUUAAUGCAUAUAUAAUCGAUCGAUGUCGUAGCGUUUUACUUAGAAAUUAAAGCAUAUUCUGCUUGUGGAAUUUAAGAAUUUUUAACGAUGUUGAACACGUAUUAUAAGUAGCUGUUUUAUCUAUCUACUUUAGGAAAGAAAAAUACAUUUUAACAAAGGCAUUAUACUCAUGUUUCAUUAAAUAUAGGAAAUAAAAAAUGCUGCUUGAAAAACUUGCAUUUCUUAGAAUAAAUAUGUAAUGUAUAACUCUAUACCGAUUAGUGUUAUUGUCGUGUUUUAAUAUAUACAACGAAUAUUUCUAAUUAUAUAUAAAGGACUAGUUUAGAAAUUACUUAUAUUUAUAUCUUGUAAUGUAUAUCAAAAGUGUUGCUGGACAGACUAUAAAAAAACCAUUUGCGGGAUUGUAAAAUAUUAAUAUUACCAUCUGGAUUUUGGCAAAUUUCAAUAUAAAAACAUGCUUACAGAUGGUAAUACUUAUUAAAUUUCUUUGUGAAUACUUGUAUUAAUUUUAAAAUACGUUUUUAAUAAUUUUAAGCAAACCC